AUGCUCAUCUAUUCCAAUUCUGUUGAUUAUAGCUCCAUUGAAAAGUUGUUCGAAUUCAUUGAUAAAGAUGGCUCCGGUAAAGUAUCUGCUGGCGAAUUGAGCCGUGCCAUGAAGGAAUGUGGCUUGAAUUAUUCAGAUCAAGAAAUCAAAGACAUCAUCUCUGCGGUUGACCAGAACCACGAUGGCAUGCUCGAUAUGGAAGAACUAAAGAAAGCCCUAAUGAAUCAUUAA